AUGGGUGCAUUCCUGAAAUUAUACUUUCUGGUUUCACUAGACGCGUUUCUCUAUCAUUCCCUACAUUUUGACUGGAACGCCGAAUGGGAGAACUGGACCAAGUCGAGACAAAUUGUUGGCUGUGAGAUCGAACAAAUAGCUGAGGAAUUUGUGCCUUGUAGUGAGAUCCUGAUUUGGCGCAAGUUGAGCUCAGGAGCCGUCUUCGUGUCAAAAUGGAACGCUACCGAACUUCUUUGUCGUCUGAACCAAGUGCAUGGACAUCGUCUAACACCGAAAAUCCAUACCAAUCUGAAGAGACAAUGCGCUCGUUUGCAGGUGGUGAAAAAGGUGCCCAGGUACUUCCGGAAAGGGCCUCGAUCUCAUGCAAUCCAUCGAAUUGUCCUACCCGCUUCUGCUUAUGAUUUGGUG